CUUCCUCGGAGCCGGAGGGCAAGAAGAGGAGAGAGAGAGAGAGAGAGAGAGAGAGAGAGAGGGAGGGAGAGCUGGAGAGCUCAAAGUCCAAAUGACGUCUUCGAGAGAUCAAUCGACGCCUUACCCGAGUGCUGCGAGGAUCGCCGAUUCCCCUUGCUUUCCUCAAUACACUGCUUCUCUCAAAUGUCUAGAAGAAUUUAAGUCGGACAAGAGUAAAUGUCAAGAAUAUUUUGACAUCUACAAGGAAUGCAAGAAAAAGGAGAGGGAAGCUCGAUUGGAGCGGAAUCGGAGUCGUUCCCUGUUCUCAUGAAGUCUCUCUUAGACAAAGUGAUUCUUAAUAGUUGAAGAUUCAAUCCGUUCCCGCUGAUCCUUCUUCUCUCACACUAUUAGAUUUAUACAUUGGACACUGAUUAGGAUCGAGGGCUGUUGUUACGACGUUUAAUAAACUCCGUUACAUUUGUUUGGCAAAUGUGACAAGUAUCUCCUUCGUGCUAUGACAAGGCUCACCUUUGCCCUGGUUAUAUGGUAGUUUUACCAGGUCGUUCCAUCGACUCAAUGAAUGAUAUACCAUGUUUAUCGGUUUUGGGUGUUGGCCUGUAUUUUGUCCUGCAGAGUAGAGCGACUAAACAUGUUUGACUUGUAGAUUAUGAUUCCACGUAAUAUUGCACGAUGAUGAUAAAAUAAAAUAAAAUUCAUAAUUA